UAAAACCUCAGCUGCAGCCAUGGCUGGGAAGCCCGUGCUUCACUACUUCAAUGGCCGGGGCAGGAUGGAGUGCAUCAGGUGGCUCCUGGCUGCAGCAGGGGUGGAGUUUGAAGAGAAGUUUAUAGGAUGUCCAGAAGACUUGGAAAAAUUAAUAAAAGAUGGGAGGUUGAUGUUUCAGCAAGUGCCCAUGGUGGAGAUUGACGGGAUGACGCUAGUACAGACCAGAUCCAUUCUCAACUACAUCGCCACCAAAUACAACCUCUACGGGAAGGAUGCGAAGGAGAGAGCCCUGAUCGACAUGUACACAGAGGGUAUUUUUGAUCUCACUGAGAUGAUGCUGCCAUUGGUCAUAUGUCCCCCAGACCAAAGAGAAGCCAAGAUCUUGUUGGUAAAAGACAAGAUCAAAAACCGAUACUUGCCUGCCUAUGAAAAAACAGACAGAAGAUCUCGCUCCUCCACGGCUGCUUGUGUGUGCUUUACACCCCGAGCAAUGAGCACUUCGGCAUUGUCCCCCUGGAGGCCAUGUACAUGCAGUGCCCAGUCAUCGCCAUCAACUCAGGGGGGCCCUUGGAGUCUGUCGUCCACAAGGUCACAGGGUUCCUGUGUGAGCCUGACCCUGUGCGCUUCUCAGAGGCAAUGGACCAGUUCAUCCACAAGCCAUCCUUGAAAGCCACGAUGGGCCUGGCUGGAAGAGCCAGGGUGGCAGAGAAGUUCUCCACUGAAGUGUUUGCGGAGCAGCUCUUCCAGUAUGUCACCAAACUCGUGUAGCCGGGGCACCUCUAGAGCUCAGGGCCAGUAUGCAACUUGCGCUGCAAUCCUUCCGGGUUGUGGAAGCACCUCUGAAACCAAAAGGAAGGAGCUAGAAACUAGUGCUAGUAAGAUCAUUUUUUUAAGUAGACUUGAGUCUUGAAUGUGAGCCACCUGUCCGCCACUCCUACCUGUGAUUUUUCUGACUAUAUCCUUAAUGCUGUAAUCAUUCCAGAUCUCAUCAGCGUUGAAAGGAUGGUAGAAACCUGCUGCUAGCAGGCUAUUUUAAUUCUGUUUUCCUGGAUUAUGAUUCCUUUAUAUAUAAAGGUGUAAUUAUCCACUGUCUUAAUUGGCUUUAAUAGUUUAGGUCUCAUCAUUGUCACAGUCGAUUGAUUUGACUUCAGGGUGUAAUGGGAACGGGCAAUUGCGGGUUUCAUGCUCAGUUCUCUUAAAGUGUUCUCUGUUAGCUGUUAGGAAAGUUUUGUUUGAGUUUUGCCUGGAUCCAUAACCAGAGAGCUCAGUAUUAUUUAUUGGUGUUUUUUGGGAGGAGGGGGUUGUUUGUUUGUUACUGCAACUGGACAAUAAAUGAUGCUUGACACAGGAAGAGAAUAAAGCAUUAGGUCUGGAAAAAAAAAUGACCUGUGAAGGAGCACCGCAUGGUCACGCCAAUCUAGUGUCCACAUUCAACAGGGUUCAAGGCCAUAACCACACCUGAUCUCUGGAAGGCUGAGCCAUACCAGAGAUAAACCUAGAUCCUGCAGAUGCACUGGGCUUCAAUUCCAGGUCAAACUGCAGAAAAACACAGAUGGGAAAAUAUUCUGUCACAUCACACAGGGAGGCCAGAGAGCCACUGGCUGUCAGGAGAAUAGGAUAGAGCUUCAAAGACGGAGGAGAACCUGACCUAGGACAGUGAUGCAGGGGAGAGGAGGAGGCUGAUGAAGAGAUGUAAAGGAACACUGGCCUGCAGGAGUUAGGGUCACAGAUGGCAGGCUUGGGAGGAGAGCCAUGCACACUCCACACAUGAAUGGGUGUCGGUGUACAUGUAGUGUCUCUCUUAGUCAGGGUUUCUCUUUGGAGGAAGAUCACGAACACAUCAGACUGACUUGAUCUUCUGUCAAGCAAAAGCUAAGAACAAAGCUCUGAUCCUAGUGGAUAAGGGAUCCUAGACAUUCCUCAGAGACUGUUAUUACUGUUUAGAGGCUGUGGGACCUGGGAGACUGAGAGCAAACUGAAGUCUCAUGCAACAGACAGCUCGAUCCAGAGCAACAGACUCUUUUCACUCUAAGGGCUAAAAGAAGUCACAUGAAUAAAGGAUGCAGUCACAAGAGAAAAUCACAUGUGAUGAUCAAGUCAAAAGUGCCCAAAACAUGUUUUCCAUUGUGGCAUAUAAAGAAACAACAGUAGCCCGUCGUAAAGACUAAGCUGAGGUGAACUCACUCCUCUCCACUAUACUUGGAAGAGCACGAAAGCUUAAUCCAAGAACAAGUCUGCGGUGUUUGAAGAAGCUGAGGUCAGAGGACUUUUUCCUUGGGGUCUUGGAGUUUUCUCACAAGCACUCAGAAAUCUUCUCGUGACUCCAUUCUCAGACUGUGUUCCAACAGCGCUGACUGUAAACCUACAGAGAAUCUCUCUGAGUCUCAUUCCAUCCCCCGACCGUUCUCCCACCUCGGCCUUGCUCUAUGGAAGCAGGGAGAGUUUAGGUGCUCUCACACGGUCCCCUGUAGCCUAUGGUGCUGACAGUUAAGACUCUGCCUCACAGGACACACGAUCUAGCCAUCACAGCUUAACUCAUGUCUGAGAAUCCUGAGUUCCCUGUAUACAGCGCGCUAUGAACUGAAGAACACUUGAAGCUUACUUUUGCUUUUGAGUCUAUGUCUUACUUAGGGUUUUCAUAGCUAUGACGAGACACUAUGGUCACAGCAACUCUUAUGAAGAAAACAUUUACUUGGGGUGACUUACUUAUCUUUUCAGAGGUUCAGUCCCUUAUCAAUCUGAUGGGGAGCAUGGACGUUUGCAGGCAUUUGUCAUGUUGGCUGCCUCUUGGCUUAUAGGCACCAGGAAGUCAGCUCACUCAGUGGGUGGUAUCCUGGGCAUAGGCACCCUCAUAGCCCGCCCCACAGUGACACUUCCUCCAAGAAGGCCAUACCCACUCCAACAAAGUCACUCCCCCUAAUAGUGACAGUCUCUAUAAGAUUAGGGGUGUCAAUUACAUUCAAACUACCACAAUGUGGUAAUUAUAAUUCUUUUCUCAGUAUGCAUGAACAAUAUACAAACUUGUAAUGGCUCUUUACUAGAAGGUAAAUAGAGGCAAAGUGUCUUAUUGGGAGACUUGGGGAAAGUCAAUGGCUCCAGCCCAACUGUAUGUUUUCAUAAUGUGUCUCCUUUAAUUUGGUAGGUCUUGAAGAGCCACGGACAAGACUACCUUGUCGG